AUGGCGACACCGUUUCAUUUCCAGCCGUUACCUAUCCCAGCGCAAUCACAGCCUUCUGCCGGGAACAACUCAUUUUGGCCGGCAAUCCAGCAGCAGCAGACCCAGGCAGCUUCACCCCUCUCCACCCUGCCUCCCUCAACCACUCCUGCAGCUCCCCCAUCGUUCGCCGCGCCUUACGCCGCACCGCUGUUCCCCGCGCCUGCCGCUGCGCCCUUGUCCGCCGUCCCUUCCGCUGCCCCGAUGUUACCCGCAGCACCUGGGUCGUCGCAGGCUCUUAUGGAUGCGCUGAAUCUUCUACAGCAGAAUAUCGGCGCGCUGCAGUCUCUGAUUCCGCUAAUGUCACAGCAGCCACCGAUCUCCACCACGCCAGAUCAAUUCCAGCAGCAGCAGGCUGCAGCAUCCGUCGGCGUCGCCUCCGUGAUUUCGCAACUCGCCGUCGCCGCUGCGAACAUUCUCCCCCAAGCCGGACUCUCCCCUCCCAUCGACCCGGCCUUUGCGCGAUGCGGCGUUUUCGCGCCGUCCCCGCUUCUGGCGCCUGACAACGCGGGGCCAUCUAAUCCUUAUUCAGGUUCUCCUUUUAAGCGAAAGUUCGAGGAAGUUGCAUGGGACGCUGCUGACGGCGAGGACGGACCACCCCAGGCGGCGAAGAAACUAAUCCUUGCGGGGAACAACAAGGUUCCUGGUGCUGUAAACGGGUGGGCUUUUAUCGCGGAUGCGGGUUUGGACGAGGAGAACGACGACGAGUCGCCGCUUCCGGAGGGAACGUUUGACAUUAUCGAGAUGGAUCCUGUAGAGCUGCUCGCGGAGCACACGCACUUCUGCGAAAUCUGCGGCAAAGGAUUUAAGCGUGACGCCAACCUGCGCAUGCACAUGAGGGGCCAUGGCGACGCAUUCAAAACACCAGAGGCGCUUGCACGGCCAGGCAAGCACUCUCCAGAAGCUACCGGGCAGCCUCCAAAACGUUUCAGCUGCCCGUUUGCGGGGUGCAAGCGCAACCAGCAGCACCGGGCGUUCGUGCCGCUGAAGACGAUGCUGUGUGUGAAGAACCACUACCGCCGCACCCACUGCCCCAAGAUGCUCUCCUGCUCCAAGUGCGGUGCAAAGCGGUUCUCGGUGGUGGCGGACCUCAAGACCCACGAGAAGCACUGCGGGCGCGACCGCUGGCUGUGCUCCUGCGGCACGUCCUUCAGCCGCAAGGACAAGCUGCUCGGCCACCUCGCCCUCUUCAAGGGCCACCACGCUACCACCGCCGCCGCCACUGCUUCACCUCCCACCGUCGCUGGUGCUAUUGCUGCAGAGGCAGCAGGAGAAGCUCUCCUGGAAGGCACGGACACAUUUUCCCCGAAUUAUACUGACGCUGCUCCUCCCCUGCCUUACUUCCCAUCUUCUGUGGUGUCGUUUUCCGGCAAAGGAAAGCAGCUUGUUGAGAAGAGGAUGGAUGGGAUUGCAGGAGAGUCGCGUCGCCCCUGCUAUCCUGUCCCGUCCCGUCGCCCCUGCUGUCCCGUCGCCCCUGCUGUCGCGUCCCAUCGCCCCUGCCGUCGCGUCGCCCCUGCUGUCCCGUCCCGUCCCGUCGCCCCUGCUGUCCCGUCGCCCCUGCUGUCCCGUCCCGUCGCCCCUGCCCUCGCGUUGCCCCUGCUGUCCCCUCCCGUCCCGUCGCCCCUACUGUCCCGUCACGUCGCCCCCUGCUGUCCCGUCCCGUCCCGUCGUCCUUGCUGUCCCGUCCCGUCCCGUCGUCCCUUCUGUCCCGUCGCGUCGCCCCCCUUCUGUCCCGCCGCGUCGCGCCGUCCGUCCCGCCCCGUCCCGUCCGCGUCGCGCAUCCCGUCCUGUCCCAUCGUACGCGCCCCGUGCGCCCUGCCCAUCCGUCGCGCCCCCGCUGCGCCCUGCCCGUCCAUCGCGCCUCGUGCGCCCUGCCCGUCCGUCGCGCCCCGUGCGCCCUGCUCAUUCGUCGCGCCCCGUGCGCCGUGCUCAUUCGUCGCGCCCCGUGCGCCUUGCCCGUCCGUCGCGCCCCCGCUACGCCCUGCCCGUCCGUCGCGCCCCGUGCGCCCUGCCUGGCAGCAGGGCGCACAGGGCGCGCAGGGCAGCAGGGCAGCAGGGAGCGCGGGGCGCACAGGGCUGCAGGGCGCGCGAGGGCGCGCAGGACAGCAGGGCGCACGGGGCGCGCAGGGCUGGAGGGCGCGCGGGGCGCGCAGGGCAGCAGGACAGCAGGGCGCGCGGGGCGUGCAGGACAGCAGGGCGCGCGGGGCGCACAGGGCAGCAGGGCAGCAGGGCGCACGGGGCGCACAGGGCUGCAGGGCGCGCAGGACAGCAGGGCGCGCGGGGCGCGCAGGGCUGCAGGGCGCGCGGGGCGCGCAGGGCAGCAGGACAGCAGGGCGCGCGGGGCGCGCAGGACAGCAGGGCGCGCGGGGCGCACAGGGCAGCAGGGCAGCAGGGCGCGCAGGGCGCACAGGGCUGCAGGGCGCGCGAGGCCACGCAGGACAGCAGGGCGCGCGGGGCGCACAGGGCAGCAGGGCAGCAGGGCGCGCGGGGCGCACAGGGCUGCAGGGCGCGCGAGGGCGCGCAGGACAGCAGGGCGCACGUGGCGCGCAGGGCUGCAGGACAGUAGGGCGCGCGGGGCGCGCAGGGCUGCAGGGCGCGCGGGGCGCACAGGGCAGCAGGGCAGUAGGGCGCGCGGGGCGCGCAGGGCUGCAGGGCGCGCGGGGCGCACAGGGCAGUAGGGCAGUAGGGCGCGCGGGGCGCGCAGGGCUGCAGGGCGCGCGGGGCGCACAUAACAGGGCGCUGCAGAUCCCCCCCCCCCCAACUGCUGCACCCGCAGCAGGGGGAUGGAGGAGAAGGGGGGGGGGGGGGCUGCAGAGGGAUGGAGGAGAAGGGGGGGAACGGGGGGGGCUGGUGCUGUAG